CAUCUUUCUCAUCUUACUUCCGCCCGUGGUUGUUUAUCAGAAACGAGGCUGCGGCGGCGGCCUUAUAAUCAACAUUCUUCUUUUAUUCUUGGGGUGGAUCCCUGCAAUCCUCCAUGCCGCCUGUAUAACUUUAUAGAAAGGCGAACCUUUCACCUGAACACUCCCCUACGUUUGUCCUUUGGGCUACGGGUUCACAUGGUAUGGUUACGACACCCAGCGUGGUGUUCUCGUCGAGCAAGGGGUCACAUUUUCUUGCACUGAUUGUUCCCAUCUCCUCUUUUCUUUCCUGUUUUUUUCCAUCAGCGUUUCCUAGGUUUGAUUUAAUAGCAAGCUGGUUAGAAAAAGCGUUGAAGAUUCUUUUGGGGGUCCCUUCCCCAUUCCUGUUGCGCCUUUUGCUUUCCCCCCUAUCCCUCGCUUUCGAUCUAAUAACACUAUACCUCAGUUUGUCAUUGCGCCGGGUAUGUAGCCAAUAUAGCCACAAUUUCUCAGGUAUCUGAGCAAUAGGUAUCUGUUUUGUCUACUAGUGCGGCGGGAGCCCACAGUCAACAGUUUCGGGCUACGAGCUAGGACAAUUCACACUUGA